AUGGCUCAAAAGGCAGGGUACCUGUUUGGGUGGGCAGGGGGCGACCUGAGCUACCGAAUGGGAUGGGGCGAGGAAGACAGGGCUGCUUGGCCUGUGGUGGACGCAGGCAGGCGAGAAGCUGAAGCUGCUGCUAUGGGAGAGAAGAUUGGAGCACUGGAAGCAGAGAAGGGUGCCCAUCCGUUUCCCCCAGGCGCACACAGAUCAGGGGGGGUAUUGGGUCGCAAGGGAGUGAAGGCCGUGGCAGCGUCAGGACACACGCUAGCAGUGACAGUAGACGGAGCUCUCUAUUCCUUCGGCCGUAACUGGGACAGCAGGCGGCGGAAAGCUGGGCAGCUGGGGCGAAAGGGGCCGUUUGGGAGGCCUGGGAGGGUGGGGGGAGUGGCGGGGAGAGUGCGGGCGGUAGCUGCUGGGAAGUUUCAUUCGGUGGCUGUGACAGAAGAGGGGGUGGUGUACACGUGGGGGUGUAAUGGGAGGGGCCAGCUGGGGAGACAGACGAGGAGCAUGGGAUCAUACCCUUUCACCUGGGGUCCUAAUGUCUUCCCUCUCCUUUUUCCCUCCUCCUACCUUCCAGGGCGACAGGCACAAGGCGGCGCCAGUGAGGGGGCCACUGGAAAACGUGGUGGUGGUGGUGGCGGCAGCAGCAGGCCCGCACUACUCCCUCGCCCUAUCUUCCCAGCAUCAACCCUUUCUUUCACCCUUACCCUGUUUCCCAUCACCCAGGGCGACAGGCACGAGGCAGCGCCAGUGCGGGGGGCCCUAGAAAACGUGGUGGUGGUGGCGGCAGCAGCAGGCCCGCAUUACUCCCUCGCCCUCUCUGCCGGGGGGCAAGGCGACAGGCAUGAAGCAGCACCAGUGCGGGGGCCGAUGGAGAAUGUGGUGGUGGUGGCGGCAGCAGCAGGCCCGCACUACUCCCUGGCCCUCUCUGCGGGGGGGCAAACAGAGGGAAGGGUGGGAGGGGCGUUGGAGGGGGAGAGGGUGGUGGAGAUAGCAGCAGGGGAGGAGCACUGGCUGGCGCUCACUGAUAAAGGCCACGUGUACGCGUGCAGCACUGGUUUCAACGCCAGUGGCGUUAGAGUCAAUCCUGCCCUCCACGCCCCCCUUCUAGCCCACCUCAUCCCCUCUCCCUCUUCCUCCUCCUCCCACACCCGCUUCUCCCUCCCCCACCGCAUCACCUCCGGUCCCUUGUCUUCCGAGCGUGCAUCAACCAUCGGAGCAGCAGCAGGCGCGUCUUUUGCUGUCAUGGCAUCCUCUCAGAAAUUGCUAUCUUGGGGGUAUGGUGGGGGAAAAGGAGUGCCAGCAGCAGCAGGAGGAGCAGCUGCAGCAGCACGAGGUUCUGUGUUACUGGGGCGAACAGGGGGAGCAGCGGAAGAGCCGAGUGGUGGGGCUGCUGAUUACUCAGGAAAGUCUGGGAGGAGAGUAAUUACUGUCCCUCCUUUGGAGAGUCCCUCUGGAGUCUGGAGUUGGGGCCACAACAACUACCAUCAGCUCGGCCGCCCAACGCCAAACUCCGCCGACCCACUCCCCGGGCUCGUGGGCGGCCUGGCUUGUCUGCACGUGGACACUGUAGCAGCAGGGUCGCACCACGGGCUUGCUUUUGGGCGGGCGGAGCGCGGCAAGGAGUUGGAAGUGGCAGGGGAGUGGUUCGCCCAGCUGCCCCACUCAGGGUUCGACCCAUCAUUCCGCAACCCCUGCUGGAAGGGCGGCUCUGGGUUUCACUGCCUGCCUUACUUCCUGGUUAUCGGUGCUAUGAGGAGUGGUGCUCAAGACUUCUUUCAUCGAUUGACCAUGGCCCAUCCGACUGCUCUGCAGCCUGCCUCGAUGGUCAACCCUGAAUGGUGGGACAUGAGGGAGUACGACCCUCUAGACUGGUACACUGGCAAAUUCCAACCAGCAGCAGCGCACAUAGCCACCCACCCAACCGCCAUAGCAGGGGAGGUGACCCCCUCGCUGCUCACCCACUCGGGCAUUCUUGCCCGCGGGCCCCACGCACGCAGCUUCCUGCUGCCGGAAUUAAUCUUCUCACUGCUCCCCCAUGCGCGCUUCAUCGUGCUGCUCCGCAACCCCAUCCACCGGUGGUUCUCUUCAUUCCUGUCUGCUAAGCAGCAAGACGAUUCUCACAUCACCUUCGACAGCAGCGACAGCAGUAGCACUGCAGCGGACGCCUUUACACAGCACGUAGAUGCGGUGUUACCCGCAAUUAAAGGGUGUAUGGUGGACCAUUCCCCUGUCUACUGCUCCCGCCUGCUCUUCCACUCCUUCCCGCAUGUGUGCCGCAGCAUGUAUGCCUACUUCCUAUCGGUAAGUCGUCACAGCUCCCUUCCCUCAUCCCCCUCCUCCAUGCCCUCCUUUCCCCCACAUGUGCCUACUGCCUAUCGGUAA